GCAAUUUACCUACUGGCAAAGGAAAGUAGCAGGAAGUGGGGGCUUACAUUCUAUCUAUCUUUUUGACAUAACAAUGGAGAGAAGAGAUAUAGUGGCAGUGUCUCCAUCUCUUUCACUGAAUUAAUGUUUAUAUAUAUAUAUGUGUCUUCAUCAUCAGAGACUCCAUUUCUAAAUUUUAACAAAACUCAGCACUUUCUCCUUUCCCUUCCAUCUUUCCUGUCAAUUUGGCAGCUUUCCAUUUUGUAUUCUUUUAGUAUUAGUGUUUGAGUUUGGACCACUUCUUUUUUGCUUUCACCCAACUGUACUACUUUUUUCUUGCUAAUACUACCUCUUUGCUUCCACUAAGGAGGCAAGUAUUUUACUUGUCUACUCCUCUUCUUGAGUGCUCCUUGAUUGCAAACACUUAUUAUGGACUUGUGAGUUGUCCCUUCUUCUUUUUUUUUUUUAAAUGACUGGGUUUUUGAGUAAUAUUUAUGAAUUGCUAAUUUUAUAUCUGGUUGUGUGUUAUGGAGGAAGACUAAAACACUAGUACAUUUUUGGGUGUUAAUAGGGGUUAAAAAAAAUGGAGUCAUGGAGCUAUUUUUCAGGGGGGAAGGGUUUUGUAUCAGAGGAAUCAGUUUCUGUUAAUGAUGGAAUGGGGAGAGUGAAAAAUGGAGUUAUGGGUUGGGAAUUGAAGACCCAAAGUAGCUAUGGAAUGUGUACAACUGAUAAUCAAGGAUUUCAUGAUUUGGGUUCUCCAAAUCUGAUGAGAAAACCCAUGUUUACUGACCAAAUGAGAGAUGGUUUUACUAGUAGUAGUAAGCACUGGGGUGGAGGUGGCGGUAGUAUAUUUGGUGCAUUUUCUGGGGAAGAUAAAUCUAGUUCUAAACUAUCAAGCUCAGCUGUGGAUUCAAUUUCUAGAGACUCAUCACUGAUUGAUUUGAAACUUGGAAGAUUUCCUGAUCAUCAUGUAGAUGGAAAUAUUUUCAAAUCUGCCAAGAGUUUGUCAAGCUCUACUUCUGCUGAGUCAGUUGUUCCAGCUAAAAGAAUGAGAGCAGGAGGUUUGAACUCCCACAAACCAUUUUGCCAGGUUCAAGGUUGUGGCAAGGAUCUCAGCCCCUGUAAGGACUAUCACAAGAGGCAUAAAGUGUGUGAGGUUCACUCAAAGACUGCUAAAGUUAUCGUAAAUGGCAUCGAGCAGCGGUUUUGCCAGCAAUGUAGCAGAUUCCAUCUACUGGCUGAGUUUGAUGAUGGCAAACGUAGCUGCAGGAAACGUCUUGCUGGUCAUAAUGAGCGGCGAAGGAAGCCCCCUCAUACUGGUACCAGAUUUCGUGGAACUUCUUUUGCAACGUCACCCUUUGCAUGCCAAGACAUACUUAGUAGCCGCUAUCUGCAUCAGCCUAAAUAUGAGAUGAGUGACUGGUAUAAGAAUGUAAAAGUUGAAGAUGGUGUUGAUUAUAGCCCUCAACUUGCCAUGCCCUUUACAAAUGGACAGUUACAACCAAAAUCUCAUUUUACAUCAUAUCAUGCCAAGAAAGGGUGUCAUUCUUUCCAUGAUGGACUACCUGCUGUAACAACAAGCAGAAUUAACGAGAGUACCAACUCAUCUCUGCAUGAUAUGCGAGGAUCAGAUUUUGUUUCCCCUUCUCUGUUCCACAUCACCUCAACUGGUUCUGAAGUCUUGCAUGCAUUGGAUACAUCUUCCAUUCAGGGGCUAUCAGGGAUAUCAAAUUCCAGCAAUGCUCUCUCUCUUCUGUCAUCUCAAUCACAGGGCUCGUCAAAUCAUUGCACUGUUUUUUCCACUUCUCGCCCCCUCAUUCAACCAAACAAUAAUUACAAUGUGACUCAAGCAUCUAAAAAUGUUCUGGGACUUGGUCCUCAGGCUUCAGCAGGUAGAAUGUCCAAUACAUUCAAUUCAUCUGGGGUCAAUUCUUCAGAAGGUGGACUGGACCAGAUGAUAUUUCCUAGCAACACUUGUGGUAUCAAUCGCGUCAUUCAAGGAUCAGAUUUGGUGAACCCUAAGAAUCAACUUUCUUGUGAAGAUGGACCUACUAUUGAUUUGCUCCAGUUGUCAUCACAACUUCAGCGUGUGGAGCACCAAAGGUUUUCCGUUCAAGUGAAGCAAGACGGCAAUGCUUUUCCCGGUCUCAGAAUCACUUGAGCAGGUAGAAAAAUGUGCUGCUCUAUCACAUCUUUUGCUCAACUCUUUCACAUUGUUACAGUCUGGUGAUUACAGAAAGAUCUUUGUUUUUUUAAAUCGCAUGAAGUAAUCAUGCCUUGUUAUGUUGCCUUUCUUGCCCUAUAUUACACUUGAUGUUUGCAGAUGCAAAUGUCUGGAUUAAAUUCAUAAACGGUGGGCGUUGAACUGCUGUAGUGUGCAGCAACUCAAUGAAGAAGCACGCACCUUUCGCAGCUUUACAGAGGUGGAAGUAUCAGGGAGCAAGUUUUUGGAAUCUUGAUGUUCACGUCUUGUUUGCUCCUUUUUGGUUUUUAUUUUCCUCAUUUGAUACUGAGUGACAACUGUUCCUCAUGGUGCUGUCUCAUUCAAUAAUAAUGUUUUUUCUUUCUCUUUGACAAUUGACAAUAAUCAUGACUUGUAAGUCUCAGUUAAUCUGUGUAGUACUAAAUAUUCACCCUUUGUUAUGGAAUAGUUGCUCAAGUGUUUCAUGAACA